AUGCUCUUCAACCCUGGUCAUCUUGCUCCAGUGGCCCUUUUCGGGGGUGUUCUGGCGGCCCCAAGCUCCUCUCAAGGGUCCGCCGAGGCUCGAGCAGCUCAAAUUUGCUAUGAAACCGAGACUCCCAGUCGCAUCUGUUACACGGCCCCUGAUAAUGUACCACAAGAUGUAGCCAUUGAGGACGUUACCUUCAUCGCCGCCUAUCUUCGAUCAUAUGGCGCACAGGUCAGGACUGGCCGCCUGUUCAACAUGGCCGCUGCCGACGCUCCUGACUGCGGCGAAUGGCUUCUCUAUGCCCAUGGAAGCGCACAAGCCUUUGCCAAACACAUAGACAACACUGUCAACUCAAGUGUUCUCUUUGCCGACAUUGCGACCACCAUUGACGGCGGCCCUAAUGCAAGCACCGGACAGCAGGCGGGUGCCCUCAUCGGAUGCGGCACCGAUGGCGGCUCGUUGGGAGUAGCUGUCAACACCACCAACCCGACUUACUCAGGCUCCACCUACCCUGCUGGAUACAAUACCAGUGGUAUCAUCAUCAAGAUUGUGGCUUCGGGAGCGUAG